GAAGAAUGGGAGAUGAGUAUUGGCCUCAUAGAUUUGACUACAAAGACUUUUAUAUUGCAACCAAGGGCUUCAAGGAGGAUCAAGUUCUGGGCUCUGGAGGUUUCGGUCAGGUGUACAAAGGAGUUCUUCCUGUUACUGGACAGGAAGUUGCUGUAAAAUCCAUCUUUGGAGAGAGCACUGAAGCUCUCAAGGAAUUCAUAGCAGAGGUUCCAAGUUUGGGGCGUUUGCAGCAUCGGAAUCUUGUGCAAAUCAGAGGCUAUUGCAGGAGGAGAGCAAAGCUUUUCAUAUUGUAUGACUUCAUGCCAAAUGGAAGCCUGGACAAGAUGAUAUUUGAGAAGACGAAGAGCGUGCUGACGUGGGCUCAGAGAUACAGAAUUCUGAGGGACGUGGCCGCAGGAUUGUUGUAUCUUGACGAAGACUGGGAACAGGUGGUGGUGCACAGAGACAUCAAAUCCAGCAACGUUUUGUUGGAUUCUGAACUUAAUGGCAAGCUGGGGGACUUCGGGCUUGCUCGUCUGUAUGAGCACACGGGAGAAGCACAUACUACUCGUGUGGUGGGUACUCUUGGCUACAUCGCACCGGAGCUCAUAAAUACAGGAAAGGCUGAUCCCAGCGUAGAUGUGUUCAGCUAUGGUAUUUUGAUGUUGGAGGUUGGCUGUGGGAGGAGGCCUGUGGAACCUUCUCUCGAUGCUUCUCAGAUAGUAAUGGUGGAGUGGGUGAGAAAGCUGCAUGCCAAAGGUAGGCUCACGGAUGCAGCCGACCCCAAUCUUGGUGGUGAAUACGUUGAAGAUGAGAUGGAGAAGGUGCUCAAAUUGGGACUGGUGUGUUGCAAUCCUCAGCCGGAGGCGAGACCUGCCAUCAGACAAGUAUUGCAGAUAAUUGAAGGUGAAGUCUGUCUUCCCCCUGUAUAUCUCCAUGAGAUGAGUGGAGGGAGCAAUAGCUCAUAUCCAAGUACAGGAGUAUCUUAUGCAUCGACUUCCAAGUCUAUAGAGCCGUGAUAGUGCAGAGUCUCAACAGAUUUAGUAGAGGUUUAAUUCUCAUAUUUCAAAGGAGGGCUAACCAUCGUCUCGUUCAAAUUCUUGAUUAUGUGAAGGUUUUCUAUAUUUUAAGGCUGCGAGAUGCAAUUUAAUUCUAGAUUUGCUCUGCUGUGCGUGUACAUAUUGUUUUAUAGACACCUGAAUGGUAUGUAUAUACUGUCGAUAAAUAUCUUAAUGGUUUUCGAAGCGGCUGGAUGUC